AGUCAUUAGAGAAAGCAAAAGGAAGGAAAGACAUUGUGAUUGGAGAAAAAAAGGGUGAGAGAGAGAGAGAGAGAGAGAGCAGCUGCUGCAUUUCGGCAUUCUCCAUACAUCUCUUCGAAAUUGCAGCAUUUUCGGGAGGAUUUCGAGAAGCAGCAGCAGCCAUGGAUUUGCUUCCAGCAGAGGCUCCAUCGAUCGCUCGAAAGCAGGGUUUCAGGUCAUUGAAGCUCGUCAAUAUCGCCAUGGACGAUAUUCUCGAACAGAACCCUGUGGGGGUCGUCUACGGUCGCCUUGAUAACGGCCUCUCUUAUUACGUCCGGUCAAAUUCCAAGCCCAAGAUGAGAGCGGCCCUCGCCCUCGCUGUCAAGGUCGGCUCAGUUUUGGAAGAAGAGGAGGAACGUGGGGUUGCUCACAUAGUCGAACAUCUUGCUUUCAGUGCCACUAAGAAUUAUACAAAUCAUGACAUUGUUAAGUUUCUGGAAAGCAUUGGGGCCGAGUUUGGUGCUUGUCAGAAUGCUAUGACAUCUGCAGAUGAAACAAUAUAUGAAUUGUUUGUUCCUGUCGACAAGCCUGAGCUUUUAUCUGAGGCCAUAUCAGUUUUGGCAGAAUUUAGCUGUGAGAUUCGAGUUUCAGCAGAUGACCUGGAGAAAGAGAGAGGAGCUGUUUUGGAAGAAUACAGAGGAGGGCGGAAUGCUGCAGGGCGGAUGCAGGACGCACACUGGGUUCUGAUGAUGGAAGGUUCAAAGUAUGCUGAGCGGAUUCCUAUUGGGUUGGAAAAGGUGAUUCGAACAGUUUCUUCUGAAACGGUCAAGCAAUUUUAUAAGAGAUGGUACCAUUUACACAAUAUGGCUGUGGUUGCUGUUGGAGAUUUUACUGAUACACAGAGUGUAGUUGAAUUGAUAAGGACUCACUUUGGGGGAAAAGUUUCAAUCUCCACCCCGCCACUUAUACCAGAAUUUCCUGUUCCAUCUCAUGGCGAACCACGCUUUUCAUGUUUUGUUGAAUCUGAAGCUGGUGGGUCUGCAGUGAUGAUCAGCUGUAAGAUGCCGGUUGGCAUGAUGACGACAGUGAAGGAUUACAGGAAUUCUUUAGCAGAAGCUAUGUUCCAUUGUGCCUUGAACCAGAGGUUUUUCAAAAUAUCUCGAAGAAAGGAUCCACCAUACUUCUCUUGCUCUUCAGUUGCCGAUGUUCUUGUUUCUCCUGUGAAGGCAUAUAUAAUGACUUCAACUUGCAAAGAGCGGGGUACUAUUGAGUCCCUGGAAUCAAUGCUGAUGGAGGUUGCAAGGGUUCGGCUUCAUGGGUUUUCAGAUCGUGAAAUUUCUAUCGUCCGUGCUUUAAUGAUGUCGGAGAUUGAAUCUGCUUUUCUGGAGCGUGAUCAGAUACAAUCAACAACUCUGCGGGAUGAAUAUUUGCAACAUUUUUUUCGCAAUGAACCUGUUGUUGGGAUCGAGUAUGAAGCACAGCUACAAAAGACUAUCCUACCUCAGAUCUCGGCAGCGGAAGUAUCAAGGUUUGCCGGGAACUUUCAUACAGCAUACAACUGUGUAAUUAAGGCAGUUGAACCUCGAUCUUGUGCUACGGUAGAUGACCUGAAAGCUGCUGUGUUGAAAAUUAAUUCGCUUGAAGAAGAAAGAAAAAUUCCUCCUUGGGAUGAUGAACACAUUCCUGAAGAAAUUGUCACCAUAAAACCAGAUCCAGGGAGCAUUAUACAACAGUCUGAGUUUCCAAGUAUAGGUGUCACCGAGUUACUUCUAUCGAAUGGCAUGAGGGUUUGCUAUAAGCGUACAGACUUCCUCGAUGAUCAGGUUCUUUUCACUGGGUUCACAUAUGGUGGUUUAUCUGAACUUUCAGAAAGUGAAUAUUUUUCGUGUUCAAUGGGCUCAACUAUUGCUGGAGAAAUUGGCCUUUUUGGUUACAGACCAACAGUUCUCAUGGACAUGCUUGCUGGUAAGAGAGCUGAAGUUGGUGCGAAAGUUGGAGCAUACAUGAGAACCUUCUCUGGUGAUUGCUCGCCUUCAGACCUGGAGACUGCUUUGCAGCUUGUCUAUCAACUAUUCACUACAAACGUCGCACCAGGAGAAGAGGAAGUAAAAAUAGUAAUGCAGAUGGCAGAAGAAGCAAUCCGUGCACAAGAGAGGGACCCAUACACUGCAUUUGCAAAUCGUGUGCGAGAGCUGAACUACGGAAAUUCUUAUUUCUUUAGGCCUAUAAGAAUUAGUGACCUACGAAAAGUGGAUCCGAUAAAAGCAUGCGAGUAUUUCAAUAGUUGUUUUAAGGACCCUUCGAAUUUUACUGUUGUAAUCGUUGGAAAUAUUGACCCGACAGUGUCCAUUCCUUUAGUUCUUCAGUACUUGGGUGGAAUACCAAAGCCCUCUGAAUCAGUUUUACAUUUCAACCGUGAUGACUUAAAAGGCUUACCUUUCACCUUUCCUGCAACUGUUAUUAGGGAAGAAGUGCGCAGCCCCAUGGUCGAAGCACAAUGCUCUGUCCAGCUAGCGUUUCCUGUGGAGCUGAAAAAUUCAUCUAUGAUGGAAGAGAUUCACUUCGUUGGGUUUUUGAGCAAACUCUUGGAGACAAAGAUUAUGCAAGUUCUUCGGUUCAAGCAUGGCCAGAUCUACUCUGUUGGUGUAUCUGUUUUUCUUGGCGGUAAUAAACCUUCAAGGACGGGGGAUGUGCGUGGUGAUAUUAGCGUAAACUUUUCAUGUGAUCCAGAUAUCUCAUGGAAGCUGGUUGACUUUGCUUUGGAAGAGAUAUUGCGUCUUCAGGAGCAAGGGCCUUCAGAACAGGAUGUUUUAUCUAUCCUUGAAAUUGAACAACGAGCCCAUGAGAAUGGACUGCAGGAAAAUUAUUAUUGGCUGGAUCGAAUUUUGCGCAGCUACCAAUCACGGGUUUAUUCUGGUGACAUUAGUGCUUCUUUCCAGGUUCAAGACGAAGGACGAAGCAAUGUAAGAGAAUCUUUAAGACCAUCCACAGCACAGUUGGCACUACGAAGGAUACUGCCCUCUCCAUGCAAAAAACAAUAUACUGUUGUCAUUCUAAUGCCACAGCUGUCUCGCUUAAGGUUGCUUAAGCCAUUCUUUCAGUAUAUGCCCAACAAAUUUAGUCGAGAUGCAAAGAUUUUGGUGGGAGCAGCAGGUGCACUGGUUUUAGCAAUUAGCUUGUGGAGACAUGCACGAAGUACUGUGAAAUCUUAGAUGCGCAUGUAGCAGAGGCCCGCCAAUGAUCAUCAGCAGGAAUCAAGAGUCAUUGAGGACUGGUGGCAAAUGACUGGAAACCAAAGUCAAUUUGACCCAAAGCGAAGCGCAUGAAGAACCUGAUUUUCAGUCAAGCCAAAUGUUACCCAAAAUUAAAUAUGCAGCCGGCCAUCUAAGGCUCCACGAUCAAUUACGUGUAUAAUACAUUCUUUGUUUGCGAUUAGUCAAUGGCCCCUUAUCAUUAUUUUGGUAAUUUUAGGUAUCACAUAGUGAACUUGCCUAGGCUUGUCGAACUUGACAAUUAUGCAGUUGAGCUACUGGCUAAACCCCUACUAUCUACUCUCCCGAAACCUUUUUGUGUGCGUGUUGAAAGAGAGUACUCCCUAGAGUGUUGAAUCUUC